ACUCUCAGUCUCUCCCUUUUCGUUAUCCCUUGUGUUGCGGUUGCCUUCGAAAUGUUGCUUUCUUCACCCUCUCCGGUAAUCUCCCCUUCCUCUCUUCAUUUCCCCCCUACCACCUCAGACCCUCCAUACAAGCUACUCAAAACUCACCCAUCUCUGUCUCUUCUCUCCAAAUGCAGAGAUAUCGAAAAUCUCAAACAAAUCCACUCCCAAAUCAUCAAAACCGGCCUCCACAAUACCCAGUUUGCAUUAAGUAAGCUCAUUGAAUUUUGCGCCAUUUCACCCUUCGGUGAUCUUUCUUACGCUCUCUUAAUCUUUGCGUGCAUUGAAGAACCGAACGUCUUCAUUUGGAAUACAAUCAUCCGCGGCCACUCUCUAAGCUCUUCUCCUAUCCUUGCUGUAGCUUUCUAUGUCCGCAUGUUGCUUGCUGGAGUAGAGCCGAAUUCGUACACGUUUCCUUUUCUUUUGAAAUCUUGUGCACAAGCUACAGCUACCCAACAAGGGAGACAGGUGCAUGCGCAUAUUUUGAAGCUUGGUCUUGAGACUGACGCCUUUGUCCACACUUCGCUUAUUAGUAUGUACGCCCGAAAUGGCGAAUUGGAAGAUGCCCAUUUGGUUUUCGAUAAGGGUUCUCUACGAAAUGCAGUUUCUUUCACUGCUUUGAUCACUGGAUAUGCGUCGGCAGGUUAUUUGGAAGAUGCUCGUAAGCUUUUCGAUGAUAUCCCUGUUAGAGAUGUUAUAUCAUGGAAUGCAAUCAUUGCAGGCUAUGCUCAAAGUGGCAGAUAUAAGGAGGCACUGGAUUUCUUCCAUGACAUGCUGAAUUCAAAUGUUCAACCCAACGAGAGCACACUGGUCAGUGUCCUCUCUGCUUGUGCUCAGUCUGGUUCUCUUGAAUUAGGGCAUUGGGCUAGGAUUUGGAUUGAGGAUCAUGGACUUGGUUCGAAUCUUCACCUUGUAAAUUCUCUUAUUGAUAUGUAUGCAAAGUGUGGAGAUUUGGAGACGGCUCGUGGUUUGUUUGAUGGGAUUCAUCAAAGAGACCGGGUCUCAUGGAAUGUCAUGAUUGGUGGCUAUACUCAUAAAGGGCACUAUAAAGAAGCCUUGACUCUUUUCAGGCAAAUGCAGCAAUCAAAUGAAGAACCUAAUGAUGUCACUUUCUUGAGUAUUCUUCCAGCUUGUGCUCACUUGGGCGCUCUUGAUCUUGGCAAAUGGAUUCAUGCAUAUAUAGACAGGAAUUUUAGUAAUUUGAGUAAUGAUGCCCUUUCAACUAGUCUUAUUGACAUGUAUGCCAAAUGUGGAAAUAUAGAUGCUGCAAAACAAGUUUUCGAUGCUAUGAGACCUAAGACCUUGGCCUCUUGGAAUGCAAUGAUAUCUGGGCUAGCCAUACAUGGGCAUGCGGAUAUGUCCCUUGGACUUUUCUUGAAAAUGGCUGAUGAAGGAUUCAAACCAGAUGAUAUCACCUUUGUUAGUGUCCUAUCAGCUUGUAGUCAUGCUGGUUUGGUGGAAGUAGGGUGCCAACUCUUUGAGUCGAUGACCAGGGAUUACAAGAUUUCACCAAAAUUACAACAUUAUGGAUGUAUGAUAGAUCUCCUUGGUCGAGCUGGGCUGUUUGAAGAAGCAGAGGCCCUAAUAAAGAGUAUGGAAAUGAAACCUGAUGGUGCUAUUUGGGGCUCUCUACUUGGAGCUUGUCGGGUCCAUGGCAAUGUUGAAUUGGGUGAAUUUGUUGCUGACCACCUUUUUCAAUUGGAGCCUGAAAACCCUGGUGGUUAUGUUCUUUUGUCAAACAUCUAUGCGGGAGCUGGCAGAUGGGAGGAUGUAGCAAGAAUAAGAACAAGAUUAAAUGAUAAAGGAAUGAAGAAAGUCCCUGGAUGUAGCUCUAUUGAGGUGGAUAGUGUUGUUCAUGAGUUUCUUGUUGGUGAUAAAGCACAUCCACAGAGCAAAGAGAUAUAUGAAAUGCUGGAUGAAAUGGAUGAGCUUCUGGAAUUGGCUGGUCAUGUGCCUGAUACAUCAGAGGUACUUUAUGAUAUAGAUGAAGAAUGGAAGGAAGGGGCAUUGUCUCAACAUAGUGAGAAGCUAGCAAUUGCUUUUGGGUUGAUCAGUACAAACCCAGGAACGACAAUCAGAAUAGUAAAGAACCUUCGUGUCUGUGGAAAUUGCCAUUCAGCAACAAAGCUCAUAUCCAAAAUUUUCAAUAGGGAGAUCAUAGCUAGAGAUCGGAACCGGUUCCACCAUUUCAAAGAUGGUUUCUGUUCAUGUAAGGACUACUGGUGAGAGUUGCAUGGUUGCUUUGCAUUUAGCAACCAACCUCAUAUCCAAGAAGUUGGAGUCAUCUCCACUGCUUUGAAGGCAUGUAUUGAAAUACUGAUUAUUAACGAGCUUGAUUUCUUAGUACUCUAAGAUACAUCUCCACUGGUCAGGCUCCCAGAUUCAUUCAAUUUGUACCUGAUUUGCAGUUCAUGAUUUUCAGGUUGGCUAGUAAACUGGAUGUAUUAUCAAUUUGUAUAGUGAGGAUAGGUUGUUCGACUAAUUCAGAAGAUGAAUGACUAUAUUCAUUGAUGAUAAAGAAAUGAUGUAUCCAUUAACUUGGUGUAUAUUAUGUGUGAAUCCAAUUUAUUCACAAGAAAGACAAUUAGAUUGAAUGCUAUAGUUUAUUUUGACGCAAUUGACCUUGUUCAUAUCUUUUAGUUGAGUACACAUUCAAGUGGAUCUCCCCAAUUCUCCGAGAAAGUGAAAACGGAUGGAUAAUGAGGAGGCGUAUAUGAAACCCAGUCCAGAGAUGGGGACUUUCAGUAUUAAAAUACAAUGCUGUGGAUCAAACUCAGGAAUUGAAAUUCUGAUUUGGAAUAUUGAUAUUGAAAAUGAAAUGCUGAAUCUCCCAUCCAUGGAAAAGUAGUUUUAUAUUGCUGCGAUACAUACACAUGAUAUAGGAUUUACAAUUUUAAUU